UCUGUCGUUUGUUGUGCAUGUGGAGGAGUCGGCUCUCACUUUUUUAUUUAUAUUCAGCGUGGAUGUGAUAACGCUGUGCUUAGAAAUAUAACAAUCUGUCCAGAAUCCGAAUAAAUCCUACGGCUCGACAUUGAGACCACUUGUGUGUCGGUUGUCUCGCUGUGUCCUAAAAUUGAGCCGGGGCUUUUUCUGGUCUUAUUCCUUUGUAAAUACUGUUAUUUGUAUAUACUGUAAAUGAUGACAUCCAUGGGCGGGAACAGAGCCCGGGGCAGCUGGGAGCAGACACAGGGCCAGACACAGAACCAGACACAGCACAAGCAGAGGCCUCAGGCUACUGCAGAGCAGAUUCGACUCGCACAGAUGAUUUCAGACCACAAUGAUGCAGACUUUGAAGAGAAGGUCAAACAGCUCAUUGACAUCACAGGCAAAGACCAGGAUGAGUCCAUGAUUGCACUGCACGACAGCAACGGGGAUUUGAACAGAGCCAUUAAUGUGUUGCUGGAGGGUAGCCCAGACACCGACUCUUGGGAAAUGGUGGGCAAGAAAAAAGGUGUGUCCGGCCAGAAGGAGACGAGCCAAGCAGAGACCGGAGAGGAAGGAAAAGAGAACCGGGAGAAAGGUGGAGGAGAGAAGGAUGCUGCACGUCGUCGGGGUGGAAUUCAACGUAAGGGUCGUGGUGCCAGCAGGGGGAGAGAGUUUCGCGGUCAGGAGAACGGCCUGGAUGGCGGAAAGGCUGGAGUCAUGGGGAAAGGUGCAGAGCGGGGACGCAGGGGAAGAGGCAGAGGAAGAGGAACUAUGGGAGUGUCUGGACGGCGAGGAGGCAGAUUUUCGGCACAGGGCAUGGGACCCUUGUCUGAUCUCUGCCACAGAACUUUCAACCCUGCAGACUAUGCAGAGCCAACUCAGACAGAAGAAAACUACGGUGGGGGCAGCACCUGGAACAACACAGGAAGUGUGGAGCUGGAGGAGUCCACCAGGCUUGACUACUCUGCAGGAGAUGGAACAAACUACCCACCCAAAUUUGACUCUACUCCAGGAGCCUGGAGGACUGCCACAGAGGAGUGGGGAACUGAAGACUGGAAUGAAGAUCUUUCAGAGACCAAGAUAUUCACAGCUUCCAGUGUGGCGUCCUUGCCUCUGCCUCAAGAGAAUGUCACCAUCACCAAAGGACAGAGGAUUGACCUGGCUGUUCUCCUGGGAAAGACACCGGCAUCCUCCACCUCAGAGACAGAAAAUCCCCCGAUGGAGGCCACCCAGCCCCCCUCCUUGUCUCAGUCACUGGUGUUUAGCAAUUCCAAACAAGGGGCACCGCUGUCCCAACCAACAUCCAGCGCCACCUACCCCCAGCACAACAUGGUCAGCAUGCUAGGCAAGGGCUUUGGUGAUGUGGGAGACCCUAAAGGGGGGAGCACAGGGACCACAGGCUCUCAGUUCUUGGAGCAGUAUAAAACUGCCCAAGCACUGGCUCAGCUAGCAGCCCAGCACCCUCAGACUGGACCCCCAAACACAACUCCUUCAUCCUGGGACGCCAGUGCCACCUCACUGGGACAAUAUGAUAUGAAGACACAGCAAGAGUCCGUGGUCCACUCGCCAUUUUCUAAGCGACAGCCUUAUCAGACCGCCACCUCAACUUCGUCCAUGUUGGAUGUUUUCCUGCAGGACAAAGGCCUGCCUCCUUCGUCUGUCCCCUCAUCAUCCUUACCCCAACAAACAGUGUCCUCUCCCCAUGUGGUGCCACCACCUGCUUCAUCACUUCCUAAGAUGACAGCAGUCCCUUCUUUAGGUCAGCAAGUGUCUCCGAGCUCGUCAGAUGCCCAGGGUUCAAGUCCGUUGCCUUUGCAGCAACACAAACUUAAACAUCAGAAGAAAAGGACUUCUAUCACAACAAAGAUUCCAGCAAUGGCUGUGGAAAUGCCUGGUUCUACCGAUAUUUCAGGUCUAAAUCUACAGUUUGGAGCACUGCAGUUUGGGUCAGAACCAGUUCUCCCAGAGUACGAGUCCACAUCUGCCACCACAACACCAGCCAACCAGGUUCAGAACAGUCUCUACACGAGCCCCAACAGCCAAAUAGAUCUUUAUGACCAGAGACCGUCUCAGACUCGCCGCUACCCUCCUUCAGUUUCCUCCUCACCUCAGAAGGACAUGCAGCCCAAGAAACCUCUGAGCUCACCUUCAUUGUUGGUUUUACAGAAUGGCUUCAGUUCAAUGCAAGCAUCGCAAUCUGUGGAAGCUGCAGCAGGCUCUGCAGUAUCAGUCAAAUCCAUCUCUGAUUCAGUCACAUCGGCAUCCGUUUCCUCCAUGGGCACGUUGGUAGACAGCGGGUCAGGUCCUGCCUCCUUGUUAAAUGCAUCCAAUCAGGCGUCCCUCAGUGCCCUGGGUCACAGUGAAGAUUUGCCUCCAAGCACCAUUCCGCCUCCUCAACACAACAACUCUCACCCGUCACAACAGAACAGCCUUCAGCCUCCGUCUUCAGUCCGGACGUCCAACUCAACUCUACUGCAUCCCAGCGUCGACAGUGACUCGAGCCUCCACUCCUCCUCCUUCCCUUCCUCCGUCUCAGCCGUGCAGUCUUCUUCGGUGUCCUCCUCCUCUUCUGUGGCUGUCGCCGGCGCACAGGUGUCCCUCGGGGGACCCCAGGCCUCCUCGGUGGGCUCUGCCACGGUUUCGGCCCCUUCUGGCCUCAGUGCUGUCAGCAGUCUGGCUAUGGGCCUCAACACUGCCAGCAUGGGCGCUCCGGCUGCAGCAGCCAACACAGUGUCAAUCUCCACGACGGCUUCAGUCAUUCCCUCUUCAGCUUCUGCCUCAUCCACACGCAGUUCUGCAGCAUCCUCAGGGAAAGCACCUCCGAACUUGCCACCAGGAGUGGCUCCUCUACUGCCCAACCCAUACAUCAUGGCUCCAGGAUUACUGCACGCCUACCCUCAUCAGGUGUACGGCUAUGAUGACUUACAGAUGCUUCAGACUAGAAUACCCCUGGACUAUUAUGGAAUGCCCUUUGCAACUCCCACCACAGCACUGACAGGAAGAGAUGGCAGCCUGACAAGUAACCCUUAUUCUGGCGAUCUGUCAAAGUUUGGACGGGGUGACGCCUCGUCUCCUGCCCCAGCGACCACAUUAGCGCAAACACAACAGAACCAGACCCAGACGCAUCACACCACACAGCAAACUUUCCUCAACCCAGCGCUGCCACCUGGCUACAGCUAUACGAGCCUUCCUUACUACACUGGCAUGCCAGGCCUGCACAAUACCUUUCAGUACGGCGCUGCUGUGUUUCCGGUGGCUCCUACCUCCUCCAAACAGCAUGGUGUGAAUGUCGGCGUCAACGCUUCAGCUACUCCAUUCCAGCAGGCUAGUGGCUAUGGUUCCCAUGGAUACAGCACUGGCUAUGAGGAUGUGGGCCAGGCUUCAGGGAGUGGGGAUUUCUGUAAGGGCGGAUACGGCACUGCCGUGGCCGCUGCCGCUUCUGCACAAAACAAGCCAGCCAGCUCGGUCACCGGGCCCGGAGUCGGAGUCUCUGUGACAUCAAGCAACACUGGGGUACCAGAUAUUUCAGGGUCUGUUUACACAAAGACACAGCAGUCGUUUGAGAAGCAGGGUUUUCACGCUGGCACACCUGCAGCUUCAUUCAGCCUGCCCUCAGCCUUAGGCAGCGGUGGUCCCAUCAACCCCCCGGCUGCUGCUGGAUAUGCCCCGCCCCCGUUCAUGCACAUCCUGGCACCGCACCAACAACCCCAUUCUCAGAUUCUGCACCACCACCUCCAACAGGAUGGACAGAGCGGCAGUGGACAGCGCAGCCAGAACGCUUCCAUCCAACAGAAGUCCCAGAUCAACAAGUCGGCUUACAACAGCUACAACUGGGGAACAAACUAACGCCGGCUCUCAGGCCCCGCCCACAACUCACUCACCCACUCACACCCGCUGUUAACAGAAGCUCAGAGGACGAGGUGACCGCACGGUCACUCCUCCUGCAGUCUCCUCAUAUAAAACCUCCCUCUUUCCUCCUGCCGAGCUUUCCCUCCCCUAACUCCUGGCCCAGCACUCCUGCAGCUCCGAUCAUGGUCGGCGGAGGUGCUGAGCCGAGAGCACAGUAAAUAAAGAUGCACGAAUGUGGCGCACAUGUGAGUGGGGGGGACAGAAGUGUUCUAGGACAGAAUGAUUAAUGUUUAGAGAGAGGGAAAAAAACAAACCACCUGUGUUGGGAAUUUGUUUCAUGUUAAUCUUCAAGCCCCGACCCCUAUUUUUUCUUUGAAAUGUAUGUAACAUAGAACUGUUUUCUAAAAGAAUGAACGUUCGCUGUGCUUCUCUGGUCUUUUCCCCCUCUUUAUUAUUUGGUCUUUUUUUUUCUUUCCUUCUUGCCGAUGGGGAGGAAUGAAGUGAAAUCUGAUGGUGGGGGAGCCAGACUGGUUUUGUAGUUCUCACCUCAUCUCUCUGCUUCUCCUCUUAGGUGGAAUGUCCUUCCAUCCCACACAAACGCAGUAGCUUGGUUGCUCAAUUGCUGUCCAAUGUUUUUCCUUCUCAUUUUUAUGUCAUUUUAAGUUUGAAGAAACAAUUCUUUCAGUCAGUAGAGUUGUGAAGUUUAUUUUUUACCAAAUAUAGAUAUAUAAUGAUAUAUAAAAACAUAAGCAAGCUCACUGGAUCAGACUGUGAGGAAAGGUGUGUUUGUCAUGUGACUGCGUGCAUGUUUGUACACACGGGGGCGGGGGGGCCAUGGUUGUGUACUGUGCUUUGUUGAUUUUUUUUUUCCCCCCAACUUAGCACAGGUUUUUGGGUUUUUCUGUUUUUUUUUUUUUUCAUGAUCCAUCACUUGUACAGUAACUGUUGUCAUACAUUAUAAAUAAUUUUGCAUCAAGAUUUUUGCUUUUCUGCAAGAGAUGAUUUCCAAGUUAAUUACACACCCAGUCUGCUUGUCCCCCAGUCAUUGUAUGGAAAAUACAAAUUGAAUAAUGAUGGACAGAAUUGUGCUAUGGGUUUUUGUCAGUGAAUUUUUUUUCUUUUUGUACUGUGCGUUUUAAAAAAAUUUAAAUGGAUAAACUUGUCUUGUACAUAUAUAAAAAAACACAAGUACUGUAGUCACUGUUUGUUCAAUGGCUUUCUCUUUUUCCUUUUCAAAUCCUUGCAGACUUGUUAGCUUUUUGUUUCAUAUUUUUUUUAUUUUGUAAAAAUAUAUAAAUAUUAAGUAAAUAAACAAAAAGACAUUUUCAUCAUUUUGGAUGUGAAUGCCUUUUAAGAAACUAAA